AUGCGAGAAUAUAAUGAAAAAUAUUUUUUUAUAUCAAAUCGUGAAACUCAUCAAAUCACAAAAGCAUUUCAACAUAAACUGAAAGACAAAAAGAAAUACUAUUCAAUAACAUUAUACGAUGCUUGUAUACAUGCUUUGGAUGCAUUACCUAUAUGUGUUCUUGUUAACUUACGUUUUCUAUGUAUGCAUGAUAAAACUCCUCAUUCACGUCCAUUAUGUGACUUACUUUGGUAUGAUCUAAGUGAGCAAUUUGAUGAUAUUGAUGAAGAACAACCUGAUUUUAAACCAAAUGAUGUUCGUGGUUGUGUAAAUUUUUUUUCAUAUUAUGCUUGUCAAGAUUUGUUAUUACGAAACAAUCUUUUAUCAAUUAUACGUGGACAUAAAGUACAAAAAGAUGCAACAAAUUAUUGUGAUACACAUAAUAAUGUUGCAGCUACACUUAGACUUGAUGCAAAUCAACAUCUAUCUGUUGUUCAUAUUGAAGUACAUAGAUAUCCAUUUGUUUUACCAAAUUAUGAGAAUGGAUUUCAAUUUGGUGAACGAUUUAUUGUUUAUUAUACAACUCAUCUUCUUCUUUCUUUCACCUGA